AUGCAGCGUCGAGGCCCAUCGGUCACCUCACCAAGCCGCUACAUCCUGUUGAGUCUGCUCGUAAUGGUUCUGGACUCUCUGGUACCGGCAGGAGCAGGAGGAGGCCCUUCUCGUACAGUCCAGAUACCCAUAUCCACAGUCGUCGCACCAUUGGACGCAGCCGCCAUGGAAACACUCUGCGCUGACCAGAUCGGCAUGUGCACCGUCUCCUACCCGAUCUGUCAAGCCCAAUGCGAACACCGAUUCUUCUGCGGAACCAGAUCUGCACCAGAGUACCAUAACCUGAACGACUACCUCGCCAGCAACAAUACUCCUAAUAGUGAUGGUGAUAGUCGUGGUAUGGCGGUCUCGCCUAGCAGGAAUAACGGACCUGGUUCUGGAGGACUAUUCGACCUGCGGUUGUCGGCGCUUGUCAUCAACGGAGCCAAGCUCUUCAAGACCCGAUGCGCACAAUGUCACACCGUCGAAAAGGGCGGACCAAACAAGGUCGGACCCAACUUGAACGGCAUCAUGGGCCGUCAAUCAGGCAAGGCCGCCGGAUACUCCUACACCGAGGCCAACAAGAACAAGGGCGUCCACUGGGAUGAGCAGACCCUCUUUGACUACCUCGAGAAUCCCAAGAAAUACAUCCCAGGCACCAAGAUGGCCUUCAAUGGUUUCAAGAAGGCCAAGGACCGCAACGAUGUCAUCGCCUAUCUCAAGGACUCAUGCGCCUAA